GAAAUGGAGAGAAUUGUUGUAAAAACAAAACACUGCUGUAGUGGGCUGUAAGAAAAACAAAACAAAACCUCUCCUGUAAUUUUUCUUAUAUCAUCUUCAAAUCUGAAAAUGGAAUACUUCAUUGCUGUAGACACCAAGCCCCUCUCCUGCAGGCUUCAGAUAACUUCGUUCACUUCGUGAUCUUUCGUUAACCUUUUUCUCAUGAAUUUCUUCAAAUCCGUUUUCUCCGAUGAUCCAGAUCCUCCUCAACCCGAACCCAACGAUUCAGAUCCCAAUCCCAAUUCCGGCGCCGACGACGCUUGGAACUUUGGUGGACUCAUCAAAACCCUCACAUCCAAAUCCGAAUCCAUAAUCGAGACUUAUCGUCGUGAUCUACAGGAAUUCAGCACCGGCUUGAAGAGCGAGAUCGAAGUUGCUCAAGAUUCGGUUGGUGAGAUCGGUAGCACCGUCAUUAAAUCAACUGCUCAGAUCAUAUCUCAAGGUAAGGAAGCCAUCCUUGCUGUUAACCUCGAUUCAGAUUCUGAUAAUGGUACCACCACGGCGAGUCGCGAUUCGAGCCGAUUGGAUUCGAAGCGAUAUAGUAGGUUUGAUGCCCAGGUUGGUGCUAUUCAGGGGGAUGUUAGCACUUACACUGAGGUGCCUGAGGAUUUGAACGAAUUCAAUGAGUGGAAAUUAGGGUUUGCACUGGAUGGGAGAAGUGAUGAAAUGGAGAGUCUUUUUAGAGAGAAUGAUGCAAUGGAGAGUGUUUAUAAAAAGGUUGUUCCAAAUGCUGUUGAUCAUGAAACUUUCUGGUAUAGGUAUUAUUAUAAGGUUUAUAGACUCAAGAAAGCUGAAGAUGUUAGGGCUAGGCUUGUUAGAAGAAUAUCCAGGGAAGAGGAGGAUUUGAGUUGGGAUGUUGAAGAUGAUGAGGAGGAGAAUGAAGGUGAAGUUAAACCAGAGAUUGUGAUCAAUAAGGAAAUUGGUGGUGAAAAUUUGGGGAAAAGUGUAGAUACUGAUUUGAAAAUUGGUGCAUCUAGCUCUGGUGCUAGUGAUGAGAAGAGAUUGAGUGUGGAAGUAGAAAAGAGAGACAAUUCGAUGCAAAGCAAUGAACAUGGUAAUGAGAUGGUUAAGUCUGUUGAAGAAUCACCUGUUGUUGAGAAAGCUGAAGUUGUUCAUGAGAUGGGUGGUGGAAGUGAGGAAAAGAAUGAGGAUGGCGGCGUUGAUAAAGCAUCAAAGUUGGAAAUGGGCGAUGAUGCUGCAAAUAAGGAUGGUUCGGCGGCUGCGUCCAAUGAGAAAGUGGUAAUACUGGAAACGAAGGCUUCUGAUGUAAAAUCUCCGGGUAAGAAUAAUGAGUCAUCAGUGGUUGAGAGUCAGCCCAUGGAAAAUGAGGAGGAAGAGGAUCUUGGGUGGGAUGAUAUAGAGGAUCUUAGCAGUAUUGAUGAUAAGAAAGCAGCUCAAUCUGAGAGUCAGGGUGGUAGCACCAGCAAGGUUGAUUUGCUGAAGCGCCUUAGUACUGCAGAGGAAGAGGAAGACUUGAGUUGGGACAUUGAGGAUGACGACGACGAGCCUGUUAAACCUUGACAUAUUUGAUUCAUUCUGUUCUGAUUUCUUUAAAAAAAUAUAUGUGCAUUUUUAUCAAAAAGAAAUUUGCAUGUUUUUAUUUAUUUAUUUGUUGAACUAAGAUAGAAGUAAUGUUGUGAAUUUGUGAUAUGAUUUCUAUACCUGAAAUGCAUGAAAAGCAUCUUUUUCUGUA